AUGUCAAGCUCAGUGCAUCUCAGUCAUCUCACAUUGCUGGCCACAGCGACCGCGAUAGUCGUCUCAGCAACAACGUCAGUUCAAGUUCGUUUGCUCAUUGACCCUGGAUCAGAAAUCUUGUUCGUCUCAGAAAGACUCACCCAGCAGCUCAAUCUUGAACGAAGGCACUCAAGGCAGGACGUUUAUAGUGUCGGCCGAAAACGGACUUCUCAAACAAGAGGAAUUGUCACUCUCAAACUUCAAUCAAGGUAUAGACCACUCACAGUGACAAUUUCAGCUUACGUACUCAAGACAGUUACCACCAUCCUGCCGGCCAUAAAGAUACAACAGGAACCCGUAUGGCCUCACCUGAAGGGUUUGAAUCUCGCUGAUCCAGAGUUUUUCAUUCCAAGGGCAGUAGAGGUUAUAGUCGGAGCAGACUUCUACGGCCAACUYAUCAGGCCUAACAUCAUUAGGCACUCAAACAGAUCUCCUAUUGCUCAGUUGUCCGUCUUUGGGUGGCUGGUAAUUGGCCCAAUUCAAGCACCUGUCACACUGGCAAGGACGACUCAUCAUGGCAGAUCUCAGGCAUCAAACUCAUCCUUGCAAGAGUUGUUGACACGGUUUUGGGUCCAAAAAGAACCUCCAUCAUCGGACAAGUCACCGCUCACUCCUGAGGAGCAGAAGUGUGAGCUCCACUUCAAGACCACUCAUUCAAGGGACUCGACAGGGCGCUGCAUCGUCAAGAUACCGCUCAAGUUGCCACCAACAGUCCUGGGAGAUUCUUAUCAGACAGUUCAUCGAUCGCUCCAACGAAUUCUCAAACGACUUGGCAGAGACACUCAGUACGACCGACUGUACACUCAGUUUAUGCCUGAGUAUGAACAAGCUCAACACAUGAUCAAGCUAGAUGACAGCUUAGUUGGUAGAAGGUCACACUACUAUUUGCCUCAUCAUGUGGUGCUCAAGCCAGACAGCUAA